CAGCUGCCUAUCAGUACAGGAGCUCUUUGGAGAAAGGACUGGAGGAAGUGUUGAAAAGACUAAAACAUGAAUAAAUUUGUGACUGAGCAGGAGGUAACUGAGAGAGGUGUUUAUAAUGAGGUUGUUUCCCUCCUGGCACAUAUGGCUGACCAAGAUAAGAACAAAAUUGCCCUCAGGAUUGCCUCUAUAGCUAAGACCAAGCUGGCUAGUGUUGUGAGAGUUCUGCUGGAGAAACUGCAACAGGAUGAGCAAAACAGAGUAGCCAUCUACUAUAUCCUGGAGGGGGUGUUACAGCAGGACACCGGGGGCCUAGAGAUGAUGCUAGUGAACAAAAUUAUAAGCCUAGCCUCAGAGCAGAUGAGAGAGACUCGGGAAGCAACAAAUGAGGUAAAAGUGGCAGCUAGCAACACGUUAGUGACUCUGGCAAGCUGCUAUUUUGAUGAUGUCAUGUAUGAGCUGCACUGUCACCUGAAACCACCGAAGCUGCCUGAAGAGUUUAUUUUAGUUACACUGGGCAACCUGUCAUCAGCCUAUGUUCUGGAACAAUGGUCAAGGGCAGUACGUCUCUUUUUGGCUAGCUGGGAAAAGUACCCAUUCCCCAAAGUGGGCGAAUUGCGGCUCUGCAAUCAUUUUCUUCCCGUCUACUCUCAUGUGACCAGCAACUGGCUGACCUGUGAGGAGCUGGAGCUCAAGCAGGCUGUCAUCAAAGCCCUUGGUCCCAUGAUGAGUCUCCUGCUACACAAAGAGGAAUAUCAAGGUCAGAUAUUUGAACAGAUGUCAUGGCUUCUUGAGCAAUAUAAGGAGAGCACUGAUGUUUUUCACGUCACCAAGAGUCUGAGCCAGCUCUUGGAGGUCUCGGGUGAAUAUAAGAUCCCUCUCCCUAAGAGGAAGUUUCAAGCCAUCUGCAGUGCUCUGCACAACCAGCUCUGUUCUCAAGCUAAGCCGCUCAGCAUGGAAAAUCACACAGAGCUGGUCUAUUGUAUAGUUCAGCUAGCCCGUUCUUCUCCUGAUGAUCUGAUAGCCUUUCUGCACUCGCAGCUGGAGAUUGAGAAUGAGGCUGUUCGUGUGGCAUCUCUGAAUCUGCUCAGAGCUAUUGUUGGUGCUGACUUGCCCGAGACAAGACUGAAAAAGUUUCUGAUUGUGAAGGCAGUGAAAUCUACUUUCAGUGAUCAGAAUGCUACGGUGAGGAAGGCAGUUCUUCAUUUCAUCAGGACGCUGCUCAGCUCAGAAAGUGUGGAGAACUGUGCAGCAUGGGAUAUGGUAGCACAUGUUUUCAGGAGUUCAGUGUGUCCACCAGCAAACUGGUAA